GGGUGGCGGGGUCCGGGGUUCUGGGCCAGGACGUGGGCCUCACUGAGCUCUUCCCUGUCUCUCCACAGGUGAUGGAGACCCGCCAGGUGCCCAGGAGCCCCCGGGUGCGGCUGCUGCUGCUGCUGCUGCUGCUGCUGCUUGUGCCCUGGGGCGACCGCACUGCCUCGGGAGUCGCCCUGCCCCCCGCCGGGGUCCUCAGCCUCCGCUCCCCCGGCCGGGCCUGGGCGGGACCGGCCACCCGCCUGUCGCGGCGGAGCCUGGCGCUGGCGGACGACGCGGCCUUCCGGGAGCGCGCGCGGCUGCUGGCCGCCCUCGAGCGCCGCCACUGGCUGAACUCGUACAUGCACAAGCUGCUGGUGCUGGACGCGCGCUGAGCGCCGCGCGCGCCCCGCUUAAAUAAAGAUCCUGCAGAGCGCUCGGGUCUGCG